AUGGACACGAAUUACAAAAGUUUUGCCACAAAAUGCCCUUUGUUAGAUGUCAGAUAUCUUAUGGAAAGCGGCCAUCAAUUUGACAUGCAAAAACACCAAGCACUAUGCAGGGACUACAAACUACGCAGAGAGAAUGAUUACAAUGCACGCCCACCCAGUGCACUCUCUGAGACACGAAACGUGGUUACAAUCGAAGAAUCGAAACGCGGCAGGGUGCCAUCGGAGGCACCAACAGACAAAGAAGGGUCACAAGCGCUAUUUAAAGAACGUCGAGAGGAGAUUAAGAAGAGGAGACGGCAGAAAUUACAGGAUAGUUAUGAUAUAGGACCUUUUGAUCCGCUCGUUCUAGCUGGCAAGAAUACAAAGGUUGGAGUUUCUUCAUGCUCAUCCUUUGGUUGCCAUGCGCCAGGACAUGGGAGUUUCCGCUCAAAUCUACCUCUUCCACAGCUCUUGGCUCCGAACAAGAAUUGCAACCCAUUUCGUGGUCAAAAUAAUAUUAGUGCCAUUGGGGAGUUGAAGAUUGUUCCAAAACUUGGUUUGAGAAAGUCACCCAAGGCCUUCAAGUGA